UUUACUAUAGUCUUUAGUCAAAGAAAUACUUGACUGGUUACAGUAAAAACUCUUCUUUUCUUAUUCUUCGUUUUACCUGUCUUUUAUUGUAUAUGAUUGUAUGUGAUUAUGUCUGUAAUGUUAUUGUGCUAUAAAAGUUUAAACCCAGUUACUAUCAAUUAAAACUGUAAAAGACACAAGUAAUUUUGGCUGAAAAAGUUAUACAUGAACAAACAUAUAUUCUUACAUUUUUCCUUUUUCUGACAUAAAUUAACUGGUAGAAGUUAAAAACUUCUUGAGGGUGAGUUAAUGAGAAAGUGAUCUACCAACCAGAUGGUGGUAAUGAAUUAUGAUGAAUACAAACCAAGAAUCUGAAAAUGGAAGCAAAGAUUGGAAGAGGAGCUUUUGGAGCUACUUUUCUUGUUCUUCAUAAGUGUGAGAGAAGGAAAUAUGUGUUGAAGAAGAUUCGUUUAGCAAAGCAAACAGAGAAGUUCAAGCGCACAGCUCAUCAAGAGAUGGAUCUGAUAUCAAAGCUGAAGAAUCCCCACAUUGUUGAAUACAAAGAUUCAUGGGUAGACAAGGAUUAUGUUUGCAUUGUGACGAGUUAUUGUGAAGGCGGAGACAUGGCUCAGCUUAUAAAGAAGGCAAGAGGAACUUUUGUGCCUGAAGAGAUGCUCUGCAAAUGGCUGACCCAACUAUUGCUAGCUGUGGACUACCUCCAUUCCAACCGGGUUCUUCACCGGGAUCUUAAGUGUUCCAACAUAUUCCUCACAAAAGAAAACAACAUUCGCCUAGGUGAUUUUGGCUUUGCAAAACUCCUAAACAAUGAUGAUCUCGCAUGCUCGGUUGUGGGUACCCCAAAUUAUAUGUGUCCUGAGCUUCUUGCAGACAUACCCUAUGGCUAUAAAUCAGACAUUUGGUCCUUAGGUUGCAGUAUGUUUGAAAUAGCUGCACAUCAGCCUGCAUUUAGAGCUCCUGACAUGGCAGGUCUCAUCAAUAAAAUAAACAGAUCCUCCAUUUCUCCCCUCCCAACUGUCUAUUCCCCUGAACUGAAACGGAUGAUCAAAAGUAUGCUACGGAAGAACCCAGAGCACAGACCAACAGCUGCAGAGCUACUAAGGCAACCGCCAUUAAAACCAUAUCUUCUUGCACAAUGCCAUAGUCUACCUCCUGUUUUCAAGCCAAUAAAAUCUGAGUGCAGCAACAACAAAUUUAGUCUCACCAGAAACUUCAGAUCUCCCGGAAAGCCAAGUCCAUCGAAAGGAUUAGGCAUUGUUCAGCCGGUGCAUACUGAUGAUCUUGUAAUCACCCAGAAUCUGAGUAUGAUCAAUGGCUGCCAAAACUGCCAGAAAAGACCCAGUAGUGGUAGCUCAGAGCUUACUUCAAAUGCCAUGUUAAGAGAUUCUCAAGAAGAAGGUAAAAUUAGUUCUGAUCAUGAGAUAGUAACAAAAUGCUGCUUACCCACCACGGUAAACUCAAAUUCAGUGAAACCCAGGUCAGAAAACAGAUCACUAACAAGUAAAUUGACUGUUCAAUGUGGAGAUAAGAUCAGGGAAAAUGAAAACAACAACCUUAAGAAUCCUUCAAAGCAGAAAGGGCAAGAAGAUGAUAUUCAGAGAUUAAAGGGAGGAUCAAGUGAACCGUCCUUGAUGAGUUUGCUCCAUGGAUAUGAAGAGAAGAUGAAGCGAAUUAAUCCUGAGAGUCAAAAAAGGGCAGAAGCUUUGGAAUCUCUGUUGGAGAUCUGUGCAGGUUUGCUUAGAGAAGAAAGGUUUGAGGAGCUUGCUGGUGUAUUGAGACCAUUUGGGGAAGAAGCUGUCUCAUCAAGAGAGACUGCAAUUUGGUUGACAAAGAGCUUGAUGAAAAUUCAGAAAGAUGGUGGUAAAUAAUCUGCAAAUUUACUCUAAUCACAACCAGUUUUCCAUUAGUAACUUAAUAUUUUGAGUAGUUUUUGUAACUUACAAUGUGAUGAUAUAUAUAUUUAUAGUACAGAAUAUGAAAAUGAUCAUUAAUCU